GUGUGUACUGCUUGUCAUGUGCUGCUGCAGCUGAACAUAUUAGCCACAGGCUGUCACUGCUGACACAUUACUCAUUGCCCCUACUCAUCAUCACUGUUCUCUCAUCAACCAAAACACAGCCCAAGUGCAGCAAAAGGAAGGGAUUUAAGGCAACCAUUAGCAUUUGGUGAAAAGUGUGUGAAAACAGAAGUAAGUUUAUUUUCUGGACCAAGCCCAGUUUAGUCAAGGAAUGUCAAAAGCUAUCUUAGUUACUUUUAUAAGGCAUGGAGGGUCUCAAAUGAGAAGAGGAGCCUUACUGUUGUCCCGCGUCUUGCAAGAUAACACGCACAUCACUUCCGUCAGGCAGUGUUCUCCCGCCAAUCGCAGGUCUUUCUCAUCUCGCUUUGACCCUGACGGAAGCGGACGCCCUGCUACCUGGGACACUUUUGGGAUUUGGGACAAUCGCAUCGAUGAACCCAUUCAGCUCCCACCCAGCAUAAAGUAUGGCAAGCUGAUUCCCCAAAUAAACCUGUCCAGAGUAGGCUGCUCCACGCAAUUGGGGAAAAGGAAGGAAAAUGAGGACCGGUUCAAUUUUGCUAGACUUACAAACGAUGUCCUGUAUUUCGCUGUGUACGAUGGACAUGGGGGAGCUGCGGCAGCAGAUUACUGCGACCGUUUCAUGGCCAAAUACAUCAAAGACUUCCUCUCACAGGAAAAUGAUAUGGAAAAAGCGCUGAGCAGAGCUUUCCUCGAAAUAGACAAAGCAUUUGCCAGACAUGCUCACCUUUCUGUUGAUGCAUCUCUUUUGAACUGUGGGACCACUGCUACAGUGGCCUUGCUGCGUGAUGGCAUCGAACUGGUAGUUGCCAGCGUCGGGGACAGUCGAGCAUUGUUAUGUCGGAAAGGAAAGCCUUUUAAACUUACAAUUGACCAUACCCCUGAACGGAAGGAGGAAAAGCAAAGGAUCAAGGAUUGUGGUGGCUUUGUUGCAUGGAAUAGUUUGGGACAGCCCCAUGUGAAUGGCAGGCUUGCAAUGACACGGAGCAUAGGGGACUUGGAUCUCAAAUCAAUGGGAGUCAUUGCUGAGCCUGAAACCAAAAGAGUUAAGCUCCACCAUGCCGAUGACGGCUUCUUAGUAUUAACUACAGAUGGUAUCAACUUCAUUGUGAACAGUCAAGAGAUCUGUGAUAUUAUCAACCAGUGCCAUGAUCCCUUAGAAGCAGCUCAAGUCCUCACCGAACAGGCUCUUCAAUUUGGCGCAGAGGAUAACAGCACAGCUAUUGUUGUCCCGUUUGGAGCCUGGGGAAAGCACAAGAAUUCUGAAGUCUGUUUUUCAUUCAGCAGAGGCUUUGCCUCCAGUGGAAGAUGGGCAUAACAGCCUCUUCCUCAUUUGGCUUUUCCAGGAGGAACACUUUUCUGUGUACAGUACCAUAAACUGUUGCCUGCCCCUAAAUCUGCACUAUGUACAUAGUUGUCUUCUCGCCAUCACACAUCCUAGCUUUACCUGCUUGGUGGUCUCCUGUUAUGACCACUGUGAGUGAAAGGUAGACUAGCACAUGCAGCUUUCGGUGAAACUUGGAUCUCUCAAUGAAAUGUGAAUACUUACGCAGUUCUUUUACGGUUAUGCUACCUUUUGCAAAAUAAUGUUACAUAUUUGGAAGUUUUAUAAGAGGGCUGCUUUUCAAUUUCAGCUUCAAUGGGAAACCGUUUUACUUUUUUCAUUUUCUUCAUAUAGUGUCACUCCCACAGAACAACCUAACCUAACCCUUUAAAUGCUAAUUUUGCACUGUAAUCGUGAACAACCUUUACUGUCUUUGCUCCUGGCUGUAUGCAGGUAUUUGUAUUCUGUAUAUGGCUAAAUAAUCUACAACAUGUCCUUUAGAGUUUAAAUGUUGUAUUUUGCACUUGAUAAAGGCAGGGAAUGGGUGUUGUUACAGGGGCAGACAUGCCUUUGAGUUAACUGUAUUGAGCCACUGGCACAUAUGCCCUAUAUACGGACCAGUGUGUCAGGCCAUGUAAGGAGGGGGCUAAGUAGUCCUGCGGUGUUCACGCAGGGACUUCAUUUUUCCAUUUCAAUAAAUGGAAGAAAAAUU